GGUCGUUGCUGCGGCGGCGGGCGCGGGGCCCGGCGGCGCCAUGGAGGGCGGCGGCAACUCCAAGGGCACGGGCCUCGGCGGCCUCUUCGGGGCCGGCGGCGUGGGGUACUCCCACGCCGACCUGGCCGGGGUGCCACUAACCGGAAUGAGUCCUUUGUCGCCGUAUUUAAACUUGGACCCCAGGUAUCUAGUACAGGAUACAGAUGAGUUUAUCUUGCCUACAGGAGCCAACAAAACUCGAGGCAGAUUUGAGCUGGCCUUUUUUACCAUUGGAGGAUGUUGUAUGACAGGGGCAGCAUUUGGUGCGUUGAAUGGUUUGCGACUUGGCUUGAAAGAGACGCAGAAUAUGGCGUGGUCAAAACCUAGAAAUGUACAAAUUCUAAAUAUGGUGACAAGGCAAGGAGCAUUAUGGGCUAACACUCUGGGAUCUCUGGCUCUACUUUACAGUGCAUUCGGAGUCAUCAUUGAAAAAACACGAGGUGCAGAAGAUGACCUGAACACUAUAGCUGCUGGAACCUUGACAGGAAUGCUAUACAAAAGCACUGGUGGAGUGCGUGGGAUAGCACGAGGUGGUAUUGCAGGUCUGACACUUACCGGUCUCUACGCUCUUUAUAACAACUGGGAGCACAUGAAGGGCUCCAUAGCCCGGCAGUCCCUCUGAGCAGGGCAGCCAGCGCUGGACGGAGGACACGCUUGCAUAGUCACCAAUCAAAUCAGUUGCGAGAUCUGUCUGGUGCCCCUUCCUAUUUUAUUUACAAUUAGUGUGAAACUGGAGGCAGCUAUGCUGGGAGGAACCUCUUGACACCAUGUAGCUGGACUGGCCCUUUUCUUCCCGCCAGCCAGUCACUGGAGAGGCAGCAAUAUUUGUUGGACCUGCAAGUAAGCAGAGUGGCCACCGAGAUAGAGUCUCCCUGACACGCUCACCAGCUAGCCCUGGGCCAGAGCUACGAGGCAUGCUCGAGUCCCAUAGCUGUACCUGCUGCGCUACCAGGUUUGUUCGGUUGCGUGUGCUACCACGAUAGCGCUGCAUAAUAAAGUCUGUGUCCAUAGAGCUAUUCACUGCAGUUUUUCAACGUGCAUUGCCUGGGCAGCCGGCGCCCCAGCAGCUGGAGCCAGCGGAAGCCUUAAGUAGCAACUGGCACAGGGCAAGGCUUGUUAUUCUGACAGCACAGGGUAAGCUGUAAAAAGGGACAUCAUCGUUAAUAAAAAGGGUGGUACUUACGCAA